AUGAGCGACAUUGGCAAUCGCCACGACCAACAACUCGUUCGCAAAAUUGCUUUCAAGAUCUUGCCAUUAGUGCUCGUCAUUACGUGUCUAAGUCAAAUUGACAAGAUGACUCUCAACUAUGCUGGUGUACUUGGAAUAUACCGUGAUACAGGCAUCAGCCAUGAUCAGUUUGGCUUGCUUGGAUCUAUGCUAUACAUUGGUCAAAUAGUAUCUCAACUUCCCUCGGCUUAUAUCAUGCAACGAGUGCCGAUGUCCAAGUUCCUUGGUAUAACGACUUUUCUUUGGGGAGCCACGCAAACGUUGAUGGCACUUGGCGAUUCGUUUCCUAGGCUGGCUGCAUGUCGUAUACUACUUGGUGUAUUUGAUGCAAGCAUUCUCCCUGCCACUGUCAUGAUCAUCAAACGAUUUCUUCCUCGGUCACAUCAAGCCUUCUAUAUUGGUCUACUUUAUGCAUCCAUUGCAUUGGCUAUUGGAAUAGGAAGUUUAUUUACUUAUGCUAUGGCUCACAUCACUGGUGGAGGUCUCAGUCCUUGGAAAUGGUGCUUCAUUAUUUGGGGUCUUCUUUCAGUCAUCGGUGGUGUGAUUGUUUUCUUUGUUCUCCCGGAUACGCUUGAUUCCCGGUACUUGUCAUUGAGUAAGGUGGAGAAGGAAAGAGCCCAGCAAGUGCUUGAAGAUGCACGACGACCUACGACACAACCGAUCCAAUGGCAUCAUAUCCGUGAAUCCUUGUGUGAAUCAAGAUUCUAUUGCCAAGUGGUUAUUUCUAUUCUCAUCAGCAUGCCCAAUGGAAGUAUUGGUAACUUCAGCUCUCAAAUUAUUCAUGAAAUGGGAUUUUCGAGCUUAAAUUCGGUCCUACUCAACAUACCACGCAGCGUCUAUGAAAUGAUCGCUUACAUCAGCUUGGCUUACAUCAUUCGACACACACGAUGUAAACACCAGGUGGCUUUCACGAUUGCAUUCUUUAUGCUGGUCCCUUUUGUCGGCUUGCUUCUCCUUGUUGUGCCACCUAUACCACCUGCUGCACGCCUCUUUGGUGUAUGCAUUGCGCCAACCAUAUUUGCACUAUCCGGUUUGCAGACCUUGAUCUCCACCAACGUGUCAGGAACCACCAAAAUGAACUUUUACAUGAUGACGCAUGUGGCAGCCAUCACAGUUGGAAAUUAUCUUGGACCCAUCAUGAUGAGAGAUCCACCUCGAUAUACACGUGCAAUGGCAGGCUUUCUCACAGCCACAGGAAUAUCAGCCUUACUUUUUGUUUAUUAUGGAUGGAGUCUCAAUCGCGAUAAUAGGAGACGCUAUGUACACUUUAACGAAUCACCAGCAAACGAUGACAAGGAUACAACAAAAGAGGAUGUUGUGAUUGAAGAUAAAACAGACGUAGAAAACAAGCGUUUCAUUUAUCAGCCUUAA